AUGGCGGAGCCGGCCGGGGAGGCGCUGGGCGGCCUGGCGGCGCGGCUGGGCCAGGCCGCGGCGCCCUCGGGUUGCCUGGCAACGGCGCGGCGGCUGACGGGACUCUUCCGGGAGGCGCGCCACAGAGAAAAAGCCACAAAGAGUGUGUUCCAAAAUCUCCUGCAAAUUUUGAGGAAAGUGGCCAGUGAAGUCGAUGUGGCCUGCAAGGACGUCAGAGCGCUGGAUCAUCUGGAUGACCAUUUGUUGCUGCUCUCAGAAUGCUUCCGAUGCCUGCGGAAUGCCUGUGUUCAGUGCACCAGUAAUCAGAACAUGAUGAGGAGCUUGGGUCUGAUUGAUGUGUCUGUCCACCUGAUCCAGUUGCUUCAAAAAUUAGAAACUGACCUGGAGUCAUCAUUGACAGCUUUUCGUUGUAGUCUCCAGUUUCUUGGAAAUAUCGCAACAGGAAACACGGAUUCCCAGGAAAGAAUCUGGAAGCUUGUUUUACCUUUUCUCUUCUUGGAUUGCUUAAAACAUCAAGAUGAGAAAAUUGUUGAAUAUUCCUGUAUGAUUCUUUUCACUUGCCUUAACCCUGAGAGGACGAGAGAGCUACAAGAUGAAAACAAUUUGAACAUUGCUCUUGCAGUUCUGCAAGCCUGUAGAAGGUAUCCGGAAUCAGAAUGGGGGUUCCUGAUUGUUACCAACCAUUUACUGAAGUGCCCAGAGUUGGUCAAAGCUAUGUAUGCCACACUGAGCAAUCAAGAAAGGACUAUGUUGUUAGACAUGGUAUUGUCAGAAAUAAGCCACAAGAAUUCAGCUGUUUGCCAGGAAAUUGACACAUUUCUUGCAAGUUGCUUCCAGGAGAAAUGUCAGUCUGUACUCAGAUUGGCUUCUGCAGAAAAUAUUGAAGAUGAGGAAGCCCUGGUUACACUUCGGCUUCUUGAUGUUCUUUGUGAAAUGACAUCCAAUGAGGGGCAACUGGAUCGUCUGCAAGCUUGUCCUGGUUUGCUUGAGACAGCUGUCAGUACAAUGCAGCUUGCCCAUCUUUCUGGAAAGCAGACGACCAACGUUUUCACUGCAGCUCAUUUUGCAACAGGGCAGGAGGAAAUCUCUCACCCAGCAACGGGUUUCAAAUCACACCUGAUUCGUUUGAUUGCAAAUUUGUGUUACAGGAAUAAAGCUAAUCAAGACAAGGUUUAUGAGCUAGAUGGCAUUCCCCUGAUACUGGAUAACUGCAGCAUUGAUGACAAUAAUCCUUUUAUAAGCCAGUGGGCAGUGUAUGCAAUCCACAACCUCACUGAACAGAAUGAAAGAAACCAAGAGCUUAUUUCCCAGAUGGAACAACAGGGACUGGUUGAUAGUUCCUUCCUUGAGAAGAGAGGACUGAAAGUUGAGAAGGAAGAUCAAAAGUUAAUUCUGAGAUCUGUCAGAAAGGUGCCGGAUCUCUAAGUAACUAAAAUG